AUGGCCGACGACGAUCCUCACUUGUCGUUGACAACCCCAGAUGCGCCCAUCGGCUCCCCAACAUCUCACUUCUACCCCUUCGCCACGUCACCAGAUAUCAUUCGCGCUCAUGAAAAAGACGCAUUUCUCACCAGCGGGCUGGUGCAACAAGUCCAAUCGAUAAUUCGAGCCCUGCGAGGCGCGCGAUAUGCUCACACUCACUCAGAUGCGAUCAAGCAUCUUACCGAACUCCUCUACUUCUCCCUCACCACCGCCAUUGGCAAUCGCACUCUCGGCGAGGAAUAUUGCGAUCUGGUCCAGUUAGAAGAUGACACUCUGCGUCUACCGGCUAUAACCCGUCGCGUCGGAUACAUUUUAAGCAGCAUCCUCGUCCCGUGGUCCCUUCAGCGUUUAUUGCCAUCGCUGCGACAGCGUGUGCGUCACAAGCUUGAACGGAGCGUCGCCAAGCAGCAACUCCGCGAAGCACAGCAAGCGAGCUUGCUCAGCUUGAACAAACCAUCUCUCAGCACUCACACGGCGGGUGGAACCGCCUCAAAGCCUUUCUUCACGAAAUUGCGAGUCCAACAGUAUCUCCUCGAGCAUCUGGACUCGAUCACCUCGGUUUCUCCCAUCUAUGCCCUCAGCCUUGCCACUUUCUACUUCACCGGCUCCUACUACCAUCUCUCAAAGCGAAUCUGGCGCCUGCGAUAUGUAUUUACCAAGAAGAUCGAGGAAAGCGAGCAACGCAUCGGAUACGAGGUGUUGGGCGUAUUAAUGGUCCUACAAAUUGCCGUACAGGGAUUCUUGCACGUGCGCAAGCUAGCAACAAGCAUGCAGGAGGAACAAGCAGAGUCCGCCACAAAAACUGGGGAAACAUCCUCGUCAGAAGCAGGGUCGCUCCUGGCAACAAUUGAGAAUCCCUCAACAGUACCAUUACUUCCAGCCUCGUCCGCGCGAUAUGACCUGGACGAGAAUCCGGGGGGCCGUGGCGUGGAUUCCAGACGGUCAGCAACGGAAGUGUACGCUGUGUUUGGAAGCUUUCAAGGAUCCAAGUGUGACGACCUGCGGGCAUGUCUUUUGCUGGGUGUGUGUCCGAGAUUGGGUGCGAGAGAAGCCGGAGUGUCCCCUUUGUCGGCAGGAGGUGCUUAUUUCAAAGGUACUGCCGUUGCGGGGGUAGAGAGACGGGAGCUUUCACCUUCCUUUUUGAUGUAUAUUCUUGUCCUGUCGAUGUUUGCAGGUAACAGGACUGUAGUGUGGACCUGA